GGCCAUUAAUUUAUCAGUCAAGAGAACAAGAAUGUCGUCCUCGUGGCGCUCUUCGGGUCUUUUCUGUCUACUCUCCUUAGUUGGGAGCAAUGCGCAAAAACAAAUAAACCCUCUCAUCGGCACGACGAACGGUGGACAUGUCUUCCCUGGCGCGACACUGCCUUUCGGUAUGGCAAAAGCGGGCGCUGAUACCAAUGGAGGUGAUAAUCAAGGUGGCUUUGCCUCAGAUGGGAGUCCUAUCAUGGGAUUUUCUCACAUGCAUGAUUCGGGAACGGGAGGCUCUCCUUCUCUCGGCAACUUUCCUAUUUUUCCACACGCAGGAUGUCCGGGCGAUGACAUCAACAAUUGCGCUUAUACGAAAGAUGAUAGAGCUACCGGGCUUAUCAAUGGGACGGUCGAAGCAUACCCAGGAUACUUUGCGCUCACGCUAAACUCUUCGAUCCAUGCUGAGAUGACAGUGUCAAACCAUACAGCACUCUAUAGAUUCACUUUCCCUACGGAGCCUCUUGAUUCCGACACCCCCUUGAGUCCACUGAUUUUGGUCGAUUUGGCAGAUCUUCCGAAUUCAAGGAUCAACGGCCAAGUCGAAGUUGAUUCUGCCACUGGUCGCCUCUCUGGAAAUGGGACCUAUUCACCAUCAUUCGGAAUUGGCAAUUAUACAGUACAUUUCUGUGCUGAUUUCUUAGGUGCGGCCGUUCGUGAUAGUGGCGUUUUCAGCAAUAAUCGCGCUGGAGUCGGAAGAUCACUCUUCGUUCAGGAGGAUGGGGUCAACAUUUCACCCCAGAUUCUACCUGCCGGGGCAUGGACGAGAUUCCACGCGCCGGAUUCAAAUGGUCAAGUCCUCGUACGCGUAGGGGUUAGUUUCAUAAGCGCUGCGCAGGCCUGCGGAAGCGCAGAGAAGGAAAUUCCUAAUUUCGAUUUCAAUCAGACCUUGAGCGCCGCUGAAGACGCCUGGAACACGAAAUUGAAUGUCAUCGAGAUCGACGCUGCAGGAGUGAGUGAGGAGCUUCAGACAACUUUCUGGAGCGGAGUCUACCGAAGCAUGAUCAGUCCGCAAGACUACACAGGAGAAAACCCAUUGUGGUACAGCGACGAACCGUACUAUGAUUCUUACUACUGCAUCUGGGACUCAUUCCGUAGCAUUCAUCCCCUGAUCACGCUAUUGGACCCGCACUCGCAAACGCUCAUGGCCAGAAGUCUGAUCGAUAUCUACCGCCAUGAAGGAAAAUUGCCUGAUUGCCGCAUGAGUCUAUGCAAAGGGUUUACCCAAGGCGGCUCCAAUGCCAACAUUGUACUCGCGGACGCAUACUUGAAGAAUAUUACUGAAGGCGUGGACUGGGCCACUGCGUACCAGGCUGUCGUGUCCGAUGCUGAAGACGAGCCACUGAAUUGGGCCGUCGAAGGUCGGGGAGGCCUCGAAAGCUGGAAGCAUCUUGGGUACAUCCCGACUGAUGACUUCGAUCUUAACUCCGGCGCUCGCACGCGCAGCAUCUCCCGCACGGUCGAGUAUGCCUACAACGACUUCUGUAUUGCAGAAAUGGCCAAAGGUGGUCUAGGGAGUGUGGAAGCCUACCAGAAGUAUUCUCAGCGUUCAAGAAACUGGAAGAACAUGUACAAAGAAGACGAAACAUCUUCCAUCAAUGGUACCGAUACGGGCUUCGUCGGAUUUCUGCAAUCAAAAUUCAUGAACGGGACAUGGGGAUACCAAGACCCAAUCUUCUGUUCGCCAUUGCUCAACUUUACGAGUUGUUAUUUGAAUCCAAAUGGCCACGAGACGUACGAAGGGAGCAGUUGGAUGUACACCUUUUUCGCUCCAGGAGACAUGGCUGAACUCAUUGCUACAUUGGGAGGCCCUGAUACAUUUGCUAAGCGCUUGGACUUCAUCCACGAAAGCGGACUUCUUUACAUAGGCGAUGAGCAAGCAUUUUUGCUAGUAUACCUCUACCACUAUGCCGGACGACCUGGAUUAUCUGCCGCGAGAACACGAUUCUACAUUCCAAGUCAAUUCAAUGACACCAUCGCCGGCAUCCCGGGGAACGACGACAGUGGUGCAAUGGGCUCUUUUUCAACCCUCACUAUGCUAGGUAUUUUUCCAAAUCCCGGCCAAAAUGUGUACUUCAUUACUCCUCCCUUCUUCAAAUCAGUGUCUCUCACGAACCCGCAGACGGGGAAGACGGCAACGAUAUCUUCGACUAACUUCAAUCCGAAUGGGGAGAAUAUCUACAUUCAGAGCGCAAAGCUUAACGGGCAGCCAUAUACUCGCAACUACCUAACUCAUAGUUUCUUCCUAGAUGGAGGGAUGCUAGAGCUGGAAUUGGGUUCCACAGAAAGUGAUUGGGGGACCGCGAAAAGUGAUCUGCCGCCGAGCUUAACAUUCAGCGGAGAAUCAGCAGAGUAGUUACCGUGGUGAGUGCGGCUGAAGGAAUCUCAAAUGGCUCUCGGAUUGCUGUUUCGAUUGUGAUGGAGUAGCGGCGAGCGCUCUCCCGCUUGACUUUGUACAAAAAAAAAAGUCCAGAUAAACACCCAAGCGUAAAAGCUGGAAGGCAUCCAAGGCGGUCUCUAGUCGAUACAGAAGUAUGUCGCUUCUGUGUAGAGUCAUUUGUGAAAUCGCAUAUUUAUUUGUGACGUUGAAAGUCGUGUACUACAAAUGUCAGUGAUCCUUCACGUAGAAAAGUCGAAGAAUAAUAGAGCGA